AUUCGGAGGCUUCGGAGGAGGAGGUCAGCAUACUUCCCGCCUGGAAUCUGUCACAGUUGCUUCUGGAAGGCAAGACAGACUUGUACCCAUGACACUCCAGGAGAGGUACCUGCCGCCGGCUGCCUGAGGGCCUCCCCUCCCGUGAAGGGCCCUGGAUCUGGUUUCCUUGUGCGCUGGACACCCGAGGUCCCCGCUUAUGCACUCCAGCACCCCCAUCAGCUCCCUCUUCUCCUUCACCAGCCCCGCAGUGAAGAGGCUGCUUGGCUGGAAGCAAGGAGAUGAGGAGGAGAAGUGGGCGGAGAAGGCCGUGGACUCUCUCGUGAAGAAACUCAAGAAGAAGAAAGGAGCCAUGGACGAGCUGGAGCGGGCCCUCAGCUGUCCGGGACAGCCCAGCAAGUGCGUCACCAUCCCCCGGUCCCUGGAUGGGAGGUUGCAGGUGUCGCACCGCAAGGGGCUGCCCCACGUGAUUUAUUGCCGCGUGUGGCGCUGGCCGGAUCUCCAGUCCCACCACGAGCUGAAGCCACUGGAGUGCUGCGAGUUCCCAUUCGGCUCCAAGCAAAAGGAAGUGUGCAUCAACCCUUACCACUACCGCAGGGUGGAGACCCCAGUGCUGCCUCCAGUCCUAGUGCCCCGGCACAGUGAAUAUAACCCCCAGCUCAGCCUGCUGGCCAAGUUCCGCAGCGCCUCCCUGCACAGCGAGCCGCUCAUGCCGCACAAUGCCACCUACCCGGACUCCUUCCAGCAGCCUCCGUGCUCUGCACCCCCACCCUCGCCCAGCCACAUGUUUUUGCAGUCCCCCUGCACCACCAGUUACCCUCACUCCCCAGGAAGUCCUGCGGAGCCCGACAGCCCAUAUCAGCACUCAGACUUCCGGCCUGUUUGCUAUGAGGAGCCCCAGCACUGGUGCUCAGUGGCCUACUACGAACUGAACAACCGAGUGGGGGAGACGUUCCAGGCCUCCUCUCGCAGCGUCCUCAUCGACGGCUUCACAGACCCCUCCAAUAACAGGAACAGAUUCUGUCUUGGACUCCUUUCGAAUGUAAACCGAAACUCCACAAUAGAAAACACCAGAAGACACAUAGGAAAGGGUGUGCACUUGUACUACGUCGGGGGAGAGGUAUACGCAGAGUGCGUGAGUGACAGCAGCAUCUUUGUGCAGAGCCGAAACUGCAACUACCAGCACGGCUUCCACCCGGCCACUGUCUGCAAGAUCCCCAGCGGGUGCAGCCUCAAGGUCUUCAACAACCAGCUCUUUGCUCAGCUGCUUGCCCAGUCGGUUCACCAUGGCUUUGAGGUUGUUUAUGAGCUAACAAAGAUGUGUACCAUCCGGAUGAGCUUCGUGAAGGGUUGGGGAGCCGAGUAUCACCGCCAGGAUGUCACGAGCACCCCCUGCUGGAUUGAGAUCCAUCUUCAUGGGCCUCUGCAGUGGUUGGAUAAAGUUCUGACUCAGAUGGGCUCGCCACAUAAUCCCAUUUCCUCAGUGUCUUAACAGUCAUAUCUUAAAACUCCAUUUCCAUAGGAGGGAUGCUGUUGCGGUCAGUGGCUUGCGUGGUUUCAGAUUUGCAACUCCUGGAAGUCUCUACAUACAUGUGUAAAUAUGUAUAAUGUACACUGUUCAUUUUUUUAUCACCAUUUGUUUUGUGCUGUCUCAUUAACUCAGUGCCAGCACACUGCAGUUAGCAAAGCAGACUUUUGUGGCUUGUGCUGUAAGCAGCAG